GCAGGGUCUUGGGAAGAAUUUUCAUCAUCUUUAAUUCAUUUCAGUUUAUCGAGUUGAAGAUGGUCAUAGCCAACGGUACCAACGGCUUAUUAUCUAUUUUAGUGAUUAUAGUUUUGAUUAUCCCAGAAGUUGCAGCACAAGCACUUUCAACGGGUGAUUCUGUGGCAGAUAAUGUGUCAGAAGCCAUUAGACAACCGGAUAAUACUAUUAGAGUGGAUCCUCUAGACAAUUUCGAAAAAUACAGAGGAGGAUUUAACAUCACCAACAAGCAUUAUUGGAGUUCGGUGAUCUUCACUGGAGUAUAUGGAUAUGCAAUUGGGAUGUUCUGCCUUUUGUGUGGAAUUGUAUAUGGAAGUCUUUUGAUAAUAACCAUCGUUUAUGGCAAAAAUGACAGAGGAAGAAGGAUGAAGAAGGUCUUUCCUUGUAAUUACAAGAGUUUUGAUCUUACACUGAUUCCUUUGGCUAUAUUGCUCACCACUUUUGCUAUAGCUACAAGUGGACUAGUUUUUGCUGGGAGUGCAAGGUUCCAUUCUGAAGCGAAAACUUCAGUUAAUAUCAUAAUCCAGACAGCGAAUGAGGCAUCAGAAACGAUACACAACACAACAGGAGCGUUAAAGGGCAUGGAAAGUAACUUUAUGGAAGCCAAUGUCAGUUCUGAGGGUUCUGUAAUUCUUGACUCAACAACUGAGAGACUUGAUGAUGCAUCUGCAAACAUAGAAAAGCAAGCUAGGAAAAAUAGGCGCCUUAUUGACAAGGGCUUGAAACUAGUGUUUGUAAUUACCACCGUGAUCAUAAGCUUGAACUUGGUUGCUGUAAUAGCUUUGACAGUUUCUGGAGUACUGAGGUUACCGCGGGCACUAUACAUGCUUCUUGUAUUGUGCUGGUUGAUGACAGUGAUAUGCUGGAUAUUCUUUGGAGUCUAUUUCUUCUUAGAAAAAUUUUCUAGUGAUGCAUGCACAGCUCUUAACAACUUUCAAGAAAAUCCCUAUAACAACAGCCUAAGCUCAAUCCUCCCCUGUGAUGAAUUGCUCUCGGCAAAAUCAGUUCUAUCUGAUGUUAGUGCUGGGAUUUACGAUCUUGUUAAUAAGGUGAAUGCAAACAUAUCAACCCUGCAGGCAACAUCUGAUGUUAAUCUUGUUCAUGUUUGCAACCCCUUCUCAGCUCCACCCAACUACUUAUACCAGCCAGAGAAUUGCCCUGCUAACACCAUCCGAAUAGGAGAUAUUCCAAAGGUAUUGAAGCCUUUCACGUGUUCAGAUGCCAUUGAUGGAACAUGUGACAAUGGAUAUCUACCCGGCAGGGAAUACGUGAGAGUUGAGGCUUACACAAGUUCAAUUCAGGACCUGUUGAACGUGUAUCCCAGUAUGGAACACUUGUUAGAAUGCCAAGUGGUGAAAGAUGCAUUCUCUCAAGUACUUCUCAACCACUGCAAGCCUUUGAAGAAAUAUGCUAGGAUGGUAUGGAUAGGAAUGCUGUUUCUUGCAGUGAUUAUGUUGUUGUUGGUUGUGCUAUGGACAAUGAAAGCACAUCACGAACAACGUUAUCAUCUUUCAGAUGGUUCUGUGGACCCACAUUUUGCUCCAAACAAAGCCUUGGAAGCAAGACCAGCUAAAGAGAUUGAGAUUUGACUGCAACAAAUUGGUCAAUAGUCAAAUAUUGUUAGUCCACAAGAACUUAGGAACCGGAUAUUGGAAGGCAAAUGCGCAAGCUGCUUCCAAUGAUCCCUCAUAGGACGUGCAACAUUUGUAGUUUGUACAUAGGAACAUAGUCAAUACAUACGCAAGUCAUAGGAUUGACCAAGGGUGUCUAGAAUUUGCCUUUGGUGAUAUAAUUUUCACACAACAGUUGAUUUUGAGAAAAUCACUUUGGGGACCAACCCCUAACAAAGACCAUACAGAUGUACCAAAAUCAUCAUACAACAAAUGAAUCAAUAUUUCAUCUACAAUUACAAGUUGUCGUUGUUGU